AUGUCCUUUCGUUUACCAUAUUUUGGCUUUUUUGAUGCAGUUAAUACAGGGAGACCCACAGCCAACAGUCGCUCAGGUGUACACAAAGCUGAGAGUGUGGCAGCUAGUUCAGAAUACAAGCUCUCGCGCGCAAAUUCUGACGUUCUUCCCUCAUUAUUAAUUUUGGAGCGUUCGGACGCCUAUGAGAUCCACAUCAGAGUUCCUGGCGUAAUGUCUCAAGACCACAUAGAUAUUGCCCUGCAUCGAGACAUGAAUGAUGCAGUUCUUUCUAUUGUCGUGCCAGCCAUUAAUACGGAUGAGAAUACAGACGCGUGGACUACUGGAGAACCCACAAACCCGGAGUUUCGGCGAACAAUCAGGCUCCCUACAAAGGUGGGCACUGGUUUAGGCCAAGUAACUGCUACUUACGAUGAUGAAGUAUUGACUUUGAAGUUCCAAAAACUCGAAGUCUCUCCUAAUACCGUUGCCGUACACAGAAUAAGAAUAGACGCAAGUUCUCAAACUAGAUGA